GGAGAAUCACCCCACAUGAUGGAUGUGCAUCCUGCACAUGUGAACAAUGACAUCCUAUGCUAUGACAAGUUCGACCAAUUCCUGGUUAACACUGUAGUGGGCAGCAGUGAAGCAUAGUGGAUGUCCAAAGGAACAGCAAUUGUUGCAAGUUGGUACACAGAUUAUUCCAGUUGACAGUAAGAAGGAUCACCAAUUGAGAAGAUCAUGUCUACAUAGAAUGUAAGUGCAAGGCUGUUGUUCCAGACAAAAGAGCAGUCUAAGCACUGAGACUGGUGGAGAAGAAGUGAGCAAUAAUAACUGCAGUUAUAAGGACUGCAAAGAACUGUGGCCUGAGGAAGGCCAGACACAUUGAGAAAUUGGAGCUUUGAUUGGGGAGACAGUGAUUACAAUGGCUUCAGUGACCAUCCAAAUGUCAUGCGCCAAGUUCACGCUACAGUUCAAGGCACACGUCCUGACUGUUGAGAAGCUAGAGCAUGUAAUGAAUUGGCUGGAGGAUCAUGGAGUUUUGGAUGAAGGUAUGACAACCUGCUUCCAGGUUGCCAUUAAAGAAUUCCACAAAGAGCCCUCAUGGGUGAAGAAAAAUGCUCUCAUCACCCUGAAGGGGGAUGACGGAACAAGACUUUGGUUUUCUGCAGGGGAAAAAGAAUGGAAGAUCAAUGUUUUUGCUGGUGACUUCCAAUAUCAGGUGACUCACCCAUUAAAGCAGAUGGAACUGGCCAGAUUACACUCCCAGCAGCAAAAACUGAUCCACACAAAUUUAGAAAAUGUAGAGGGCAGGAAGAAGGUCCAGUUCCAGACACACAAUCUGACUAUUGAGAACCUACAGAGGAUAAUGAAUGAGUUGGAGAGUCAUGGAUAUUUGGAUGAAGGUAUGAAAAACUGCUUUCAUGUGGUCCUGUGGAAAUUCCCCAAAGAGCCCUCAUGGGUGAAGGAAAAUGCUCCUCAUGAUCCUUAAGGGGGAUGGUGGGGCAGAACACCGGUUUACUGCAGGGCAAGAAGAAUGGAAGAUCAAUGUUUUUGCUCAUGACUAUCAAUAUCAUGUCAUACACCCAUCACCUGUGAUGUAUGUGGCGAGAUCGGUCUACCAGGAGCAACAACUGAGCACUGCAGAUUUAGAAAGGGUGAAGGAUAGGAAGCACCUACUGUUUCAGACACAUGAUCUGAUUACUGAGAACCUGGAGAGGGUAAAGAACGAGUUGGAGAGUCAUGGAUUUUUGUAUGGAAGUAUGAGAACCUGCUUCCAGGUUGUCACAAAGGAAUUCUGCAAAGAGCCCUCAUGGGUGAAGAAAAAUGCCCUCAUAACCCUCAAGGGAGAUGACAGGACAAAGCUCCAGUUUGCUGCAGGGGGGAAAGAAUGGAAGAUCAAUGUUUUUGCUGGUGACUUCCAAUAUCGGGUCACAUCCCCAUCACCAGAGCUGUACCUGGCCAGAUUACGUUCCCAGCAGCAACUACAGAUUAAUGCAAAUUUGGAAGACAUGGAGCAGAGGGAGAGACUAUGCAAUCUGACUAUUGAGAACCUACAGAGGACAAUGAAUGAGUUGGAGAGCCAUGGAUAUUCAGAUGAAGAUAUGAGAACUUGCUUCCAGGUGGUCCUGAAGGAAUUCCCCAAAGAGCCUUCAUGGGUGAAGGAAAAUGCCCUCAUGACCCUCAAGGGAGAUGGGGCAGAGUUUCAGUUUGCUGCAGGGAAAGAAGACUGGAAGAUCAAUGUUUCUGCUGGUGACUAUCAGUAUUGGGUCAUACCCCCAUCACCAGAGAUGCGUGUGGCUAGAUUAUGUUCCAUGCAGCAACUACUGAUCCCUAGACAUUUAAAAAGCAUGCAGGAUAGUCUGGAGUCAGGGAAGGUGAUGGCUUCACCUGUGAGGGGCUGUUUCACAUUGGCUAUUCAGGACUUCUCCAAGGAACCUCUUUCCACAAAGGAGAAUGCAUUAGAUGAUGAAGAAAACCCAGAAUUUGUAUUCUCCAGGAAUGGAGAUUGUAGCAUCAGUGUUACUGGUGGUAAUGGGAUGGAGAUUGCAACAUCAGUGUUACUGGUGGUAAUGGGGAUUCCAAAUCCCAGUUAAUGAAGAUAACUUCAGAUGGAUGUCUGGAGAGGAUAAAGUGCAUUCCAGUGUCACUGAGUGUUAACAAGCUGAAGAUCCUGCAGGACCAAUUGGCUGAAUGUAACCUUCAGGAUGAAGAGCAAGAUUUGUGUUUCAGCCACUCCAUGGAUCAACUGUCCAGGUUCCCAAUGUUCCUCAGUAAGAAACUCCAGAUGUGCAUCACAUGAGACGAGUCAGGCCUGAAGCUCACCUCACAAAAUGCAGAAUGUGGGAUCACUGUGCAGACAAGUGACGGGUCAGAGUAAGCACCUAGAAACAGUUCUGGGAGCAGCAGCAGCAGCAGCCAUACAAACUCACAGUUGGCAACUUGAAGGAAAUGUGGAAAGAACUCAGGACUCUGCAGGGAACACCUCUGCUCGUCCUAGAGAGCUUCAACAUGACAAUAAAUGAUUCCUAAGGAGCCAGGAUGCUUGAAGAAAAAUGCCCAUCUUGUCAUUGUGACAGAGAGGAAAUAGUGUUCACAUCUGGCCAAGGGGGAGAACAAAAUUGACAUUUGCUCUAUUACUGAUAAGAUCCAUUACAAUGUAGGAUCUACCAUCAAAGUUAACAUAGCCAGGGCAUUAUUGAAAUGUCUUCGUGGGUUUUGUGUGCGUAAGGCCUGUGCACUGGAAUAACUUGGCACAAAGGGAUAGAAUCCGAUAUGACAUACAAAUGGUCAGGAUCAAGUUGAGGAACUUUAAAAAAGGUUGGAUAAUCCUACCAUGUUGGAUUUUCAGUCAGAAUUUCCACAUGGAUCAUUGGGAAACUUUUUUUUUAACCGUCCUAAAUGGCUGAUCAGAAAGCUCUGGUCAUAUUACAUGCCGAUAGCAUUGUGUCUGGACACUGAAGUAAAUUAAUGAAUUUAAAAUUCAUUAAAUUACAGUGUUGUACCUAACAUCACAGCGAGCGUAGCCAGGGUAUUUUAAAGAACCCAUUCUACCCCCUGCCCCGCUCUGUUUAUAUCCAGUAUUCAGUAGAGGUCUCCUUAUUUUGCCCCAAGGUCCUUUUAAACCAGCAGGUUUUUGCUCAAGAGCAACACUUAGCAGUGUGUGCAUACAGGCCAUGGCUGACAGUCAGACCAAUGAAGCACUUAUGCUCCAAAGCCAUGCACGGGCAAGAAAAUCACGGACCUGCACAACAACCUCAGGUUGUGAUUUGCACAGAAGGUCCUCACUAUGUAAACAGAUGGAGAAAGGUGUUGCCCAGAUGGAGGGUGUUGCCCGGCAAGAGACACACCACAGCUUGUGCAUCUUCCUAAACAAGUGCAAACAUGUUUGCAUUAAUGUGACUUAGUGCAUUUAGCUAGCACAGCAUCCCUCUAAUUUCACAGCACAUUUCCACAAGCUCUUCAUUAGUCUGGAUGUCAGCCACCAUGAGACUGGCCUAGUUCACACAGUCAUUUGAAUCUAGGCUUAAAGCCAGUAACCAACAUUAGUUGAUCGUGUGAAACCACACCAAGACAGGAAUCCCAGAUUCAUCUUGAGACACAAACCGGCAUUGGUAAUCCUGGCAUGGGUUCACACUAUUACGCUAUGGUUGGUUACUGGAUUUAAACCUAGACUCAAACAAUUGUGUGAACCAGGCCAUAAUGUAGUCAAUUAGAGUGGUUACAUGAUGAUGAGUGAAGGCAAUGGUUCAAAGAAUGAAUAUGCUGAUAUCACUAUACUGGAUAAUCAACGAAUUUGGCUAUAUGAUGACACAGAAGACAAAAUCAAUUGAGCGAGCAAGAGAAAAAAAGAGGACAAUUUAAAUAGGUGAAACAUUUUUAUCCGGCAGUGCCAAAAAUGUGGUUUGAUUUUUAGCCAUUUCCAAAAUAAAAUUAAAAUUAAAAUUAAAUUCCAAUUAAAAUUGAUUUAAAUUGCCUAGCAGGUUCCAAAUCACAAGGCACAAUCACUUCAUAUAGAUAUAACAGACGGAUUUGUUUGAUGCAGAGCCAGCGUGGUGUAGUGGUUAGAGUGCUGGACUAGGACCGGGGACACCCGAGUUCAAAUCCCCAUUCAGCCAUGAAACUAGCUGGGUGACCCUGGACCAGUCAUUUCUCUCUCAGCUUAACCUACUUCACAGGGUUGUUGUGAAAGAGAAACUCAAGUAUGUAGUACACCGCUCUGGGCUCCUUGGAGGAAGAGCGGGAUAUAAAUGUAAAAAUAAAACAAUAAUAAUAAUAAUAAUAAUAAUAAUCCCCACACCCAGACAGAAUAUUAGGACAUGUCGCAGUUUUCUCAAGGGAAUUUUAGCAGUGUGCUUUGCAGCUGGGUGAAUGAUCAGCCCACACAGUUCAAGACACGACAAGCAGAAGCUGAGAGAGAGAGGCAGUCAUGGAAGGGAGGGAAAGGAGAUUGGGAGAUACAGCUGCUGCUUGUUCUCUGCCCACUCCCAGCUCAUCAGUACUGGCCACCACUGAUCAAAGUAUAUGCCAUUACAUUAUCAAGUGUCAUUGAGUUCCACAGAUCAUUUGCCAGAACUGUUUGCUGAUAUGCUAUUAAUGUAUCACUUUUGAGGUCUGAAUAAAAAUAAAUGCUUCACUUUUCCCUCUUAAAUGCUUGGGAGGAUUCAAAGACUUGAUCCAGUUCUCUGCAGUUCCUCCAGCUGCUAUUACCAGUUUUGACUGAGGUGUGAGGAAAUCGUGUCAAUGUGUACAGCUUUUCAGAACUGCAAAUGUCUGUCUACUGAAUCCAGGGACUCUUACCUGCAAGAAUUCAUCUGCUGGCUGCUUCAGUUUCUCCUCCAUCUCCUUGAUGAGGCUGUCUACUGAGGAAAUUUCCUCAGAGAGUUUGGCAAUAUGCUUAUUCCCAUUGCCUUUAACCUUGUCAUCCAGAUCUUUCAGCUUAACCAGCAGGAGGCACUCUUGUUCUUCCAGAAACUGGUGCAGUUGCUUAAACUCAGCCACAAUUUUCUGCCUCUCGGUUUCAGUCUGUUUCUGUAGCCAGAAAGCAGAAGCAGAGAGAAGGGUCAGCCUUACUUUUUUUUCUUUUUAAAGGGUUAAAGGUGAGCAUGAUAAUGCUUGAGCAGUACAGUGAACCAACAACUUCUUAGAAAAUCACAUAGGGCAAGAGUUCAAGUACAUUCCGCAGAGCAUUCCCUACUGUGAUGUGUGUGUGUGAGAGAGAGAGAGAGAGACUCUCAGGAACAAGAUACUGAGCUUCAGUGCUGGGAAAAUUUAAUUUCCCCAUAAUCAAAUUGUUAAGCUGUAAAAAACACACCACAACCCUACUUGGAUCAAGCGUGAACUUCCAGAUGACUCUUCCUUUUCUUCUUUGAGACACAAAUGCUCUGGAUGACCCAUCCAUCCUCUGAAAAAGGGGACAGCAUCACAGCUGUCUGCCUUCUGAAGCCCAACCUACAUGCAUAUAUGUGUAAUGGUGACUGGAUUUUUUUAAAUUGUUAAAUUUGUAUACUGCCCUUCAUUAAAACAAUCCCAAGGUGGUUCACAUAAAAAUUAAAAACAAGAUUAUAAAAAUGACACAAUUAAAAUGUUAAGCCAAAAAUAUAAAAACAAAUCUGACUAAAAAGAUUUAAAAUACAGGCAUAAGAACUGUACAAAAUACAAAGCAGCAGCAGUAGAGACAAUCAUCUAAAAGCCUAGGUAAAAAGCCAAGAUUCAACACACUUUCUAAAAACUGUGAUGGAUACCGAGUACCGAAUAGCCACCAAGAGAGCAUUCUAGGGCCUGGAGGCAGCAACAGAGAAGGCCCUGUUCUGCAUGCACGACAACUGAGCCUCCAUCAUUGUCAGCACCCGGAGCAGAGCCCCCUCAGAUGACCUUGUCAAGCGGGCAGCAUCCCUUGGGAGCAGGUGAUCCCGCAGGUAUCCCAGGCCCAAACCGUUAAGAGCUUUAAAGGUCAAACCCAGCAACUUGAAUUUGACCCAGAAACAAACUGGUAACCCAUGCAGCUCUUUCAAAAUGGGUGUGAUGUGGUCCCAGCAGGCAGCUCCAGAUAAAAUCCUAGCUGCCUCAUUUUGCACUAGCUGCAGUUUCAGAAUAUUCUUCAAGGGCAGCCCCAUGUAGAGAGUGUUACGGUAAUCCAGCCAUGACGUGACUAAGGCAUGGGUAACUGUGGCCAGAUUUGCCUUCUCUUGAAAGGGACUCAGCUGACGCACUAGCCGAAGCCGUGCAAAGGCACUCCUGGCCACCGCCUCCACCUGAGCUUCCAAAAGCAGAGCCGGGUCCAGUAAUAGUCCCAAGCUGCGUACUUGCUCCUUCAAGGGGAGUGCAACCCCAUUCAGAACCGGUAAAAUCUCAUCCCAAUUGGCUGUCCUACUAACCAACAUUACAUCCUUCUUGUCCGGAUUCAGUCUCAGUUUAUUAGCCCACAUCCAUCUCAUCACGGCAAUACAGGACAUCCACUGCCUCCCUAGGAUCAGGUGUCAAAGAGAGAUAGAACUGAGUAUCAUCUGCAUAUUGCUGACAACUCUGUUCAAGUCCCCGGAUAACAUCUCCCAGAGGUUUCAUGUAGAUAUUAAACAGCAUGGGGGACAAAACCAAACCCUGCGGGACCCCACAGGCCAAUGGCCACAGAGCCGAGCAGUAGUUCCCCAGCACUACCCUCUGGACCCUCCCCCCAAGAAAGGACUGGAGCCAUUCCAUAGUAGUACCUCCAAUUCCCAAACUCGAGAGGCAGUCCAGAAGGAUACCAUGGUCGAUGGUAUCGAACGCCGCCGAGAGGUCCAGCAGAACCAACAGGGACUCACUCCCCGUGUCUAGUUCCAGGUGUAGGUCACCCACUAGAGUGACCAAGGCAGUUUCAGUCCCAUGUUCAGGGCAGAAGACAGAUUGAAAAGGGUCUAGAUAAUCCAUAUCAUCCAAGACUCUCUGCAGCUGGGACGACACCACACGCUCUAUUACCUUGCCCCCAAAGGGAAAGUUAGAAGUCUAUAUUUGUCCAAGUUGGAGGGAUCAAGGGAGGGCUUUUUUAAUAAUGCUCUUACCACCGCCUCCUUGAGGAAUGGUGGCAUCCUGCCCUCCCUUAAUGAAGCAUUAAUAAUCACCUCCAACUAUCUGCCUGUACCCUCCCUGGCAGCUUUUAUUAGCCAUGAAGGGCAAGGGUCAAGAGCACACGAUGUCACCUGCACACUGCCCAGGAUCUUGUUCACAUCCUCAGGCUGCACCAACUGAAAAGAAUCCAACACAAUAGGACCAGAUGGUACCAGAGGCACGUCUACUGGAACUUGCAAAACUCUGGAAUCCAAAUCAGCAUGGAUGCAAGCUACUUUAUCUGCAAAAUGACAUGCAAACUGAUCACAACGGGCUGUAGAUUAUUCCUCCCCCAUUACCGGUGUGUGUGUGUGUGUGUGUGUGUGUGUGUGUGUGUGUGUGUGUAGCAAUGUCUUUGCUACACAGAACAGCUCUGCUGGUCUGCACUGAGCAGAUGCAAUGGAGACGGAGAAAAAUCGUUUCUUUGCCGCCCCCACUGCCACAGAGUAAUCCCUAAAAUGGGCUCUAGCCCGUGUUCAGUCAGAUUUGUCACAACUCUUCCUCCAGCGUCGUUCCAGAUGUCACCUGAGUUGUUUCACUGGCCUAAGCUCCAAGGAAAACCAAGGAGCAGAAGCCAGCAAGCCAGAAAACCAAGGAGCUCCAAGCCAGCAAGAGCAUUUUGGAGCAACCGUGUCAACAGCCUGUCUCUCCAUUGCAGAGAUUCACCAGGGCCUCAUCAGAGUUGCCAACUCUGGACACUGGAAACUUUCUGAGGGCCAUCUGGAAACCAAGCGGAUCCAUAAGCCUCUGGGGGUGGACAAUUCGAAUCGGUCCACCACCCCUGCAGAGGGCAGACGGAGCAGUCAAACUAAACCCCACCAGAUGAUCUGCACAUGACAAGGGAGUUAUCUCAAACUCUCCCACCUCCAGAUAAUUUAUUCCCUGGUAGGGAAAAACCAGAUCCAAAGUAUGUCCUGCCAUGUGGGUAAGGCCCGAUACCAGCUGAGAUAGGCCCAUGGUUGCCAUGGAGGCCAUGAAAUCCUGAGCUGCACCUACUAGGGGGACCUCAACAUGGACACUGAAAUCACCCAAGACAAUAAGUUUGGAGGAACCCAAGGCCACCUCUGAGACCACCCCCGCCAGCUCAGGUAGGGAGACUGAAGUGCAGCAGGGUGGUGGGUACACCAGCAGAAUCCCCAGCCUUUCUCAGAGGCCCACCCAUCUGAUAUGUAAUAGAUGGCGAUUACAUAUCAUUCGAUGCUCAAAAGCCAUUGCUGGUGGAGUGAGUGGAAGCUGAGACAUGGUAAUUAGUUCUUCCACCACUUGCUUGUUUUCUGCACCUGAACACCCCAUCCAGGGGCAGUGAAGGUGAUGAGUCCCAAGGGUUAGCGCUUAUGUCUAACUCGGAUCUGGCCAGACUCCUUCAGCCAUGUGCAGGAAUUGCCAUGUGAGUUGUAUGCAGAAAGAUAAGAAAAUGAGUUUUGCAGGGUGACUAUAAUCUUACCUCAAUAUGCAACUCAUUCCUCGGUUCCUUUGUCCACCCUUACCUAAAAAGGCCAACUGGAAAACAUACAAAGCUGGCUUAUGGUAAGUCAGACCAUUGGCUAUCAAGCCCAAUAUUGUCUACUCCAGAGGUUGUCGAACUGGGGGCCCCAAUUGUUGUCCACCAUGGCAAGAGAAUAAUGGGAGUCAUAGUCCCAACAACUUCUGGAGAACCCCUGGUCUAUUCUACCUGUCAGUGGCUCUCCAAGGUUUCAAGCAGAGAUCUUCCCCUGCAUCUGCCUAGUGCCUUUAACUAGAGGUGCCAGGGAUGAAACCUGUGAUCAACAAUGACUUAUGGCCUACCUGUAACCACAGAGGCAACACACAAACUAGAUUUGAAAAAUAUACUCACCAGCAGGAUUUGGUUUUGAGUCUCUGCACUUAAUUUAGAAGAUAUAAUUGUUUCUCUCUCCUUGUUCAGAAAUUUCAAAUGGUUCUGAAUUUUAGCCUGCAAAAAUGACAUUUUAUUUAAAUUUUGGCUUUAGAGAUGUGCUUAAAGUGUGAAGGCAGUGUGCAGACUACUCAAGGCUACAACAGAAGGCAUCUAUGAUUUUUUUUUUUUUUUGCAUGGGACAGAAGGCAGGCGUAUUUCCAUUUUUCAUGGCCCAAUGCCCUAAAACCUCCACCCUCAAUAACGCCACAAUGCACAGUCCUCCUUUCCUUUCCGACUGCAGCUUAUGGAAGAUUUUGAUCAAGAUAUACAGAAGAUUGUGCAGUACCCACAUUUAUUUAUUUAUUCAUUCGAUUUUUAGACCGCCCUUACAAAAUAGCUCAGGGCGGUUCACAAACAUCAUAAAACAGUUAAAAUCAAUCAAUGAUCAAGAAUAAAAAUUUAAAAUACAAUAAAACAGCUGAAAAAUAAAACAACCCCAAACCCUAUAAAACCCAAUACAUUGAAAACCCUUUAAAACAAUUUAAAAACUCUGGAAGGCCAGGCCGAACAGGUAGGUCUUUAGGGCUCUCCUAAAUGCCAAUAAAGAAUUCAAAUUACGGAUUUCUGCAGGGAGCGCAUUCCACAUUCUAGUGAACGCAUUUAGGGGUUUGUUUUUUCUCCAGACACAUCCAGAGAGAUUAAGAAGCCUAUACAUAUGUUUUACUUUGAAUAUUGUUAAAAGACUUAACUUUGGAUGCUGGAUUCUGACAGACUUCCAUCGGCACAAAAAGGGAUUUUUGUCAAAAUGUGUUCAGUAAUCCUAUUUGUGACUACUAUUUGGAGCACUGUGACAUUCAAAAUUUUCAAGAAUUUGAACUUUUAAGAUGCAGCUCUGUGAGAACUAUAGCCACUAUUUGAUGAGCAAAAUCCCACUGAAUCUAGAUAGCCCACCAAAAAGGAAUCAAAGUUAUUCCCUAUCCAUUGUAGUUUCCUACCUUAUACUCUGUGGAAGCCUCCUCUUUCGGAAUCACCUUGUGUUGCCUGUGCUCUCUGGAUUUGUCACACACCACACAGAUGAGGACUUGAUUGUCUUUACAGAAGAGUUUCAAGGGUUCCUGGUGCCUCUCACAAAUUUUUCCCAAUGCAUCUGCCCCUUUGGCCAUCUGAAGGCUGAACUUCUUGACUAGUUCUACAAUACUUGCCAGUUGCCGGAUCGGCCUGAUGUUCCUUUGCUGGCAAGGUAGUCGGCACUGAGGGCACGAAGCAUCUCUGGGAGACUUCUCCCAGACCUGGGUGAUGCAGACUCGGCAGAAAAUGUGCCCACAUUCUACACUCACUGGAUCUUUGAAAUACUCCAGACAGAUGGGACAUGUAGUUUCAUCAUAGAGAAUCUGGACUGGACUUUCAUCUGCCAUUGUGUGUACCUGAAGAGUAAUAAAAAAACCUUGAAAGUUUCUAUUUGAA